AUGGACGAAAUCAAUCUUGGUGUUACCUGCGACAUGCAUGUCCAUGUCAGAGACGGUAAAAUGUGUGAGCUGGUGACGCCUUCUAUCCGGGAAGGCGGUGUAUCGGUAGUGUAUGUGAUGCCCAAUCUGCAGCCACCGGUGACGACGUUGAACCGGGUUGUGGAGUAUAAGAAGAAACUGGAAAAACUGGCGCCUGAGACCACGUUUUUGAUGAGUUUUUACCUGUGCAAAGAUUUGAGUCCCGAGCUUAUCCAUAAGGCUGCGGCCCAAAAGGCUAUCCAGGGUGUGAAAUGCUAUCCUGCGGGUGUAACCACCAACUCGGCGGCCGGAGUGGACCCAAACGAUUUCAGCGAUUUCUACCCUAUAUUCAAGGCUAUGGAGGAAGAGAACCUGGUUCUGAACUUACACGGAGAAAGGCCGUCAGUGGGUGAAGAGGGCAACGAUAUUCACGUUUUGAAUGCAGAGGAGUCGUUUUUGCCCGCUCUUCGUAAACUGCACCAAGACUUUCCUAACUUGAAGAUCAUCCUGGAGCAUUGCACCACAGAGGCUGCCAUAAACACCAUAAGAGAUCUCAACAAGAAUGUCAAGCAAGCAUCGCAGGUGAAAGUGGCAGCAACAAUUACAGCCCAUCACUUGUUUUUGACUAUCGAUGACUGGGCCGGUAAUCCUAUCAAUUUCUGCAAGCCGGUUGCCAAAUUGCCUAGUGACAAGAGAGCCCUUAUCGCGGCAGCAGUUUCCGGUGAACCUUACUUCUUUUUUGGCUCAGACUCGGCUCCUCACCCACAGGAAAGCAAGGCAAAGCACGCGGGCGUCUGCGCCGGUGUUUUUACACAAUCGCUAGCGAUUCCCUACGUCGCAGAGGUUUUUGAUGCUCAAAAUGCCCUAGACAAGUUGAAGGGUUUUGUUUCCGACUUUGGAUUGUCAUUCUAUGGCAUUAAGCAAGAGGACGUUAAGAGUCGCGAUGAGCUUAUUCUCUACCGCAACGAACAACCGGUGCCCGAUGCGCUUUCCAACAGUCAAGAAUUGGUAGUUCUAUUGUUCAAGCCUUGCGAAAAGUUGAAGUGGUCUACCAGAUGGUCAGAGUCUAAAUAA